GUACUAAUAUCUUUCCUGCAGAUAUUUUAGCCAUGGAAACUUAUUCUGCCUCAGUAUCACCUGUUAUAUGUAACAGCACAACUUUUAACCUGAAUGGAUCCCAUUUGUGUAAUGAAAGCAUAUCCUCUAGAUUAGCUGAUAAAUCAGAACACCAACAAUAUGUUAUUGGCCUUUUCUUAUCAUGUCUUUACACAAUAUUCCUUUUUCCUAUCGGUUUUGUGGGAAACAUUCUGAUACUGGUUGUCAACAUUAGCUUUCGGGAAAAAAUGACAAUCCCAGACCUGUACUUCAUAAACCUGGCAGUGGCUGAUCUCAUUCUGGUGGCUGAUUCUCUCAUUGAGGUGUUUAAUCUUGACGAGAAAUAUUACGAUAUCACCAUCAUCUGUACCUUUAUGUCUUUGUUCCUUCAGAUCAACAUGUAUAGCAGCAUUUUCUUUCUGACAUGGAUGAGUUUUGACAGAUACCUAGCCCUGGCCAAAGUAAUGAGGUCCAACCUCUUCCGCACUAUGCAGCACGCUAGACUGAGCUGUGGGCUCAUAUGGAUGGCAUCCAUUUCGGCAGCUCUAGUCCCAUUUACAGCCGUGCACUUACAACACACCGGAGAGGUCUAUUUCUGUUUUGCAGAUGUAAAAGAAAUCCAGUGGCUAGAGAUAACCCUGGGGUUUAUUAUCCCCUUUGUGAUCAUCGGUCUUUGUUACUCAUUAAUUGUCCGAGUCCUUAUAAAAGCACACAAGCACAGGAGUCUCCGGCUGCGGCGACAGAAGGCUCUGCGCAUGAUUUUUGUUGUUGUCCUGGUUUUCUUUAUCUGCUGGCUCCCUGAAAAUGUCUUCAUUAGCGUCCAGCUUCUCCAGAGGAAAAGCGAGCCCGUCUCUUCAAACAGCCCAUCCUUCAGGCAUGAUUAUCCUUUAACAGGACAUAUUGUGAACCUAGCAGCUUUUUCUAAUAGCUGCUUGAACCCCUUAAUUUACAGCUUUCUGGGGGAAACCUUCAGAGACAAACUGCGACUGUACAUUGAACAGAAAACAAAAAUGUCAACAUUGCAUCGCUUCUGUCAGGCUGCCUUCACGUCUGUCAUUCCUGACAGUAAUGAGCAAUCAGAAGUCUGAUUUAGUGUCAUGGUAUAAAACAUAUGACUGUGAAGUUGUGCAAAUAGUGAACAAAAUGCUUGCUACUAACAGAAAAAAAGUGCAUUUGUGUGUGUAUAUAUAUAUAUUGUAUCACUCUAUUGAGUAUUGAAGGUUUAUAUUCAAAAUGUUUUUAUGACAAGACUUUAAUGUAGAAGAAUAUGUUUUAGUCAGAUUUAUAUUUAAUUAUGAACAGGAUUAUUAAAAGCUGAGCACUGAAGGAGCUUUAUUUUGUGUUAUACAUAUCUGAAUGACAAUAUAAGAGAAAAUUUUAUCAACUGAGGAAGACUCUAGAUGUAAUCUGAUUAUCAGAGAUGAUACUUUGCUGGUGUAUAUAAGGUACUUCCACUGAAAUAAUGAAGCUGCCGUAACAGUGAGGAAAAAUCGUUACAACAUAUUGAUGUGGAGAUGCAGAAAACAUUGAUUUUUUUUUUCACCCAAACAUGUUAAGAUGAAUGACUUUGCUUACAAGAACUACAUGGUACUAUCGUCACUGUAUUCUAGCAUGUCUUCCAUGAUUAAGUUUUUGAUCUUAAUAUAAUCAAGCACAGUGAUGAGUUUUUGUCUCCUAAAUGUAGUCUACUGUUUACAUCAGUACUUGAUCAAAACCAAAAUCAUCUGUAACUAUAGUGCUCAUCUCAAAGAACUUCACAGAAGCAAGAUGUAGUGCUUCAUUCUGUCUUUUAAGAAUUGACCCUGAUGAUCUCUCUCAGAACAAACAUAAUUGGCCUUUUUGUCAAAAAUGCCAGUGCACCAGCAUCGUGUACAUUCACACCUGCCUUCUGAUUUGAGUGCACAUUGCACAAAAUCUCUUCACAUUCCAGAACAAAAUGCUGUGAUUUUUAAGGAAGUGCCACCUUCUGCAAAAGCUAUUGUAGGUAUUGUGUAGAUAUUGCUUAUCAAAGUGACAGAAACCUCCAGCUUUAGGAAGGAAGACAUGGAAUGGAGAGUGUGAUUAGUGAUCAUCAGAUCUGAGCUUCAUGCACACCCACCCCACCUCCAGAAACCCCCAGCCUUUCAAGAUUGUAAGAUGCAUUUUAGAUGCUUUGAUCAUUUAAAGAUUAAUUAUACUAAGCAAGCAAAUGAUAGCACCACUUACUGGAAAACAAUAGUGUUUCUUUUCUUCUAGCAAAUAAUUGGGUUGUAAAUCUGAUUGAUGUUUAUCACAGGUUACUCCUGGACUUGUUCAGAGGAAGCUAUAAAGUUCUACCGAUUAGUGUGCAAGAUCAUUAAAAUAUCACUUGCUGCACCUCUCAAGUGAACAAACUCAUUUCACUUCUGUGCUUAUAGACUGAAGCACCAGAACUCAACAGAAUAAGAUGUUCUGUCCUAUUUUCAAAUGUCAUCUAUUAAUUAAUUAGCACAAUAACAGAUUUUCAAAGAUUUUUAAAUGCAGACCUUUAAAACAAUGACUAAAGCUACUAAAGCAAUAAAGGAAACAGUGAAAAUGAUAAUUCCACUCAUAUUUCUCAUGAAAUAUCUUGAGUUUCUUAGUGGAAGUUUUGGCCACAAAAGACUUGACCUAUAAACAGAAAGGCCACAAGACGAUGAUGGCUGAAUUUGAAAUAGAUAGCUGGAUAUUUCUGCAGCUCCAACAGGAACAGCACUGUGGAGUCUGAGGCAGCUGCAGAUUGUUCGCAAGUGAUUAGCAAUCACAGUCUAAAGAAAAAUGUGUUUAGUUCCAUCCUCUCUGCAGAGCACCAAGCAGAUCUCCUCUCAAGAAAGAUGCAAGCAUAGCAUGAGUUGCUAACAAACACUCAGUGAGUUUUCUCCCACCAUUGUGCUGCAUCACACACAGCCCUUUGUCCUCAGUAUUUUUAGCCACAAUUGCUCAGGUCCUAUGCUCAGGUCCUGCCAAUAGACAUUACACCAUUAAAGAUGGCUAUUUCAGACAACACCCAGCUGAAGGAAGGGGUAAUUGUUUUGGCAGUGGAAUUCUGAGGAGUAAGAUACAUCUUGAGCUUACAGAUUUAUUAGUUUGUGCAAUCCUGAUACUUGCCAUGAAUAAAGAAAUUAUUUGGGGUUACAGGAAUACACUUUCCCAAUUGUAGUUGUUGCUUAUUUUGUUUUUUUAGGAAUAAGAUCCUUUUCCCUCCUCCCAAUACAGGGAUCACAUUUUAGAUCAAGUCUAUGGUAGAAACCUUUCUACUACCCCUGCAGAACACAAAUCAAGGAAGUCUUUGUGCAGAAGCUUAUAAUAAUAAACAAACAGCAAUAGCAAAUGCCUCCUCAUGCAUCCUCCAAAGUAGUUUGUUUCUAUGUGAUCAUAUUCAGUAAUAUACAGUGAAAUCUAGGAAAGACCAGAUUAAUAUAGCAUUAAGAAAACAAUAUUUACUCAACCUGAAACAACCUAUUGCACGUUUAAAACCAAAUUACAAACCUAAAAUACCUGAUGGGUUCCCUGCUGCUGAUAUUUUGGGACAGGCUUAUGAACUGUGCCUGAAAUUACUAAAUUUAAACAUACUUCUUACUUUAAAUGCAAAGCACUCUCCCAGCUGAAAAAACUGCACACUUAUUCCCAAAGCUUUUUUUUUUUAAACAGUAACUCUGUACAAAGUAAUAUUUACAGAAAUGUCAUACAACUUCCAUGUGUUUAUGCACACAACAUGUUUUCUGCAAGCCAUUAUCUUGCAAUAACUCACUGCCAUGGCUUAUCCAUGGACCAGAAGGAUCUCAGCUUGAUGUGUAAUUUUUUUUUAAUUUCAAAGAACAUAAUCACUAGUAAAUAAAACCUUUUCUAGAGUGUAGAGGGAAAAGGGAAUAGGAGCAAGAAUUGUUACAGAAUUCCUUCACUUUUUAUCUCUGGUCUCUCACAAAUUGUUUCAUUGCUGAGUUGAAGGAAAAUAUUCCAUAUGCCUUUCUAAAACACCGGACUGAUGGCAACUAUGAGAUUUCAAAACCUGUUCAUCACAGUUGCUUACAAUCUUUGCAGUAAUAGUCUAUAUAAAGUUUCCAGACAUAAAAAGCCUAGUAUUAGGAAAAGCUCACAGAAAAGAGGAGAGAGGGAAUAAUCAAAAAAUCCCUGAAACCAUUAACUGCUUUUGAAAAUAAUACUUUAGCACAAGACUGCCUUGAUUGCACAGGGUAUAACUGAAAAUCUAGAAACAAAAUAAAUGCAAACAGCUCAAACUGGCACAGUCUGGACCUGAUGCAACUGAAAGCUUCCCUUAGCUGUGUAAAAAGAUAUGAGAAAAAAAAUUAUGCGAGACCUCUUUAACAUGUUAAAGAGAUGCUGUAACUUUGCAUUCUUUUGACACUUCUGGGAGAUAUACUAAAUACCAACUGUGCAGACACAACAGCCACCUCUCAGAAAUGCAAAGUCUGUCAGUCUAAAGAUAAAGCUUGAUUCAUUUAUGAAGAGCAUUACAGGAUGGGAGGGCAUGUGACAGAGAAUUGGAAUCAAUGAGUCAGGCAAUCCCAGAUUCUGUGCAAGGCUUUGACAUAAUAUGGGCAAGAUGCAACAGAAGUCACCUCUCCCUUCAAAAACUUGAAAAAAAAAAUGAGCACAAAGUUUUACAAGAAAAUGCCUGUAAAAUUUCAGUCUAAGUAUCUGUGUUUCGAACAAAAUUCACUGCCUGUACAGUGCAGGCUCUAAUCUUUUUUCCAGCCAUCAAGUUCUGUUAGAGUAUAACUGAAUUUCUUCCCGUGUAAGGAUUUUGCUGUAUUCUUUCAGCUGUUUAUUAAGACUGCAAAAGGGAAAAGGUUGUCUGGACAAUUUUAAAUGGUUAGGAUUGUCACAUAAAAAAUGUGCUAAAGAGUGGUUUACCGUAAGUAAAAGCAUGUCAAGUUCAACCCUGAUUAUCAUUAAUUCCAUUGGAACUUGUUUCUGCAUAACUAAAAACAACUGAGUGUAUGAAGAUAUAGGUUUGAAUUUUAAUAGCUACUUAUGAAGGUGAAGCAAUGAAUUAAUUUGAUUUUGAUUGAAAACAACAAAGAUAAGGGCUUGAUUUGAAUUUAAGGGACAGCAUCUAUCCUUCUCUUUUACCUAAGUCUUACCUUACCCAUUCAGACCACCAGACAAACAUUGAAAGUUUUCAUCACAGAAGAGCAUGGGGCAAAUUAAUUAUUUGUUCUUUUUUACAGUAAACCAGGAACAACAUGGGAUGGGGAACAAGUAAUUUUUAAAACAUGCACACAGGACACCUUUCCCCUACACCCUUUAAGCUCUGCUGUCAGGGAGGCUGUGGUAUAUGCCCUGUGCUGUGUUUCAGAGACACUAGAUAUGAAAAUCUGAACACCCUCCAGUCAUAUUUAUAAUUUAGGUGUCUUUUCUUCAACAGUAUUGUCCAAACUAUUUAUUCCACAGUGACUUUUAUUACAAUAAACUUUUAACCCUUGGGUUUGGGCUUCCUUUUGGACUUCCAUCACACAGCAGCAUGACACAGGCAGGAACUAAGAAUAAACAGAGGCAUGUUAAGCCACCCAAGGUGCCAACACAAGAGCAAUGCCCUCUCAGGACUGCAGACUGCAGGAUGAGCUCUACUUUCAACUCCCUUUCUUACAUGCUACUUCAUUUCUUUUACAGAAGUCCACUAAAUGCCACUACAAAAUAUAAAGAUGAUUGUCUCAGUCUCACACAGUCACCUGUGUGUUUAGAAUGGCUUUUGAAACUGUUCGACCCCCAUGAUAAAAACCACUCUCAAGUUUCCAACCUGUUUUCUCACAUUGUUCAAACAGUCUGCUACAGGUAUAUACAGAUAUUUCAAAGUUCUAAAUUAAACUACUGAGCUGUUCAUUACCAAAAAGUAAAACCCUAUCUUCUCAAAAUAAAUAUUUAAUGCAGCAGAGUAAGCCUUUCCAAAGCAGCAGCUUUGCUUACAAGUCCCAGUUCACUUGACCUGCAAGCAAAAUCACUGAAGAGGUUUAAGACCUUUUCAAAUUGCAUUCAGUGUGUUUUCUGGAAGGACUUAAAAAAAAAAAAAAACUAUGGGGAGAAAAAAAGACGUAGUAGAGAAACAGGAAAAUUAUUAGGAUAUUGUUAAAUUAUCCUUAGAAUUGGAGUUAAGGCGAUUUUUACAGAAAGAGCUCAGUGGCAGAAUUGCCUAACAGUGCUGGAGAUAGAUUUGUUUUCUGCCUCAGCAGCAGAAAUAUUUCCUUUCCCAGGCAUUCCCUCAAUAGAAACAGUAAUAUAAUGGCAAAUAAGAUUUUCUUCCUUUCAUUCUCUCUCCAUUCAGAACUACAAAAGAGAAAUAGUCUGCACCUGAGUACAGAAACCUUUUAACUCUUGUGCUCCAGAGUGCAGUGCACACAGCAAACUGGGAAGCAAACAAAGGAAACAGCUCACUUAAACAAUUUAUAAUAUUCCAAAUAUCCACCUGACAACUGAGCAUCAAGGUGGGAAGAAGAUACAGAAAGUGAUGUGUGGGAGAACUGAAUUUACGAACUUGCUUGGCUUCCAAAGUCAGAAUAAUUACUUCUGCUAUUACAAGCUCAUUCUCUGGUAGAGAGAGAAACAUGACAUGUUAUUUUCUCAUGCUAAUUAAAGCUGCCUGCUGAUGGGUGACACUGUCAGGGUGUUGUGGGACCAGAAGCCCAGCCUUGCUGGCAGAGGUGCAGCUGGAGCUGACACAGAACCCAAACAUCCAUUGAGCAUCCUCAGCCCAAAACAAGGGGUCUGUGAGCACCCCUGGAAAACUGCUCCUGACCCUGCUGAUCUGUGCCCUUCUUGGCCCCCACUGAGUGAAACUUUCUGGAUCUUGGCCAGAGAUUUUAUUCCAAAACCUACUGGACCAGGACAGUUGGCUGCUCCUGUUCUAAGCUCAAACUAGAUGAUGACUUAAUCUAGACAAAUGUAAAGAAGACAACCAUAGUUUAAGCAAAGGGUGGUAAAUUUUACAAUUUAAAAAACUCCUACUUCACAAGUUUAUUAAAAGAUGUCUCUGGAGUACAGGCUUUAAAGCCACAGAACAUGGGACUUUCAUAAUAAAAUGAGAAAAGCUUUCUAUUCCAAAGGUAAUUUGAAAAAAUAAUUAGCCUGUGAGGUGCAUGAAGGCUCCUAAGCUCACAAAAAGCCCAUGACCAAUUUCAAUGACCUCUGUAUUACAGUUCAGUACAACAGUUCUGUAACCAAUUAGUUAUUUUACAAGUGGGUAAGGAUGAAUAACUCCCCUUUAGGAUUCAGCCCAUAGUAUAAAGGUAGGAUGGAAUGACAGUUACUAAAAGCCUGUAUUUUCCACAGAUACUUUAGAUUUUCUCUUCUCUUUACAUAACCACUCUGCUCCUUUUUAAGCAAUGCAGCUCUAAGCCCUCAGUACAUUCUCUGAACAGCUUUGACGUCUUUCAAACUCCGAGAUGGUAGGAAGAGCUGUCUGCCCUUAUGUAUAUGCUAUCUGCAAUAGCCUGGUUUACAGAUGCAAAUUAUUAAGAUAAUGCUGAGAAAUUUAAUAAAACACUGGUUGAUGAUCUUCCGUUUGAUGUCCUACAGAACUCCUGUGGGAUUCAAUUAGAAAUAGGUAAAUGCAUUCAAAGACAGAGUCUGGUUCCCCUGUCAAAUACCUUCAUGCUUGUACCCUCGAUAUUUCAGGCAGGUUCUAAAAGUCAAAAGAUUAAUUUUCUGUUCUAAUUACUCGUUGGAUGUAACAGACAAGCAUUUUCCAAGUAUUUAUUAAUCUGUGUGGCUUUGAUCUAAUACCCAAGAGCCAUUUUAUCUAUGCUGUAAUUUAUUAACAUACAUAAAUAUACACUGAUCUUCCAUGUGGUUCACAAUAUUGCAUCUAAACACAGAAGGCAUUUUGAAUGAGAAAACUUCUCAUUUCUCAUUCAUACUACAGAAGCAGCCAUCACCCCCCUUUUAUCUGCACCAAAACAUUGGGGUUUUUUAAAUUUUUGAAUCUAUUUCAUCAACACACAAAAAGUUAUAUUUUAUAAAAAUCAUUAUACCAGACUCCCACAUUGUUUAAACAAGCAGCAGCAUUUCAUCAAGGACAGAGCUGCUUUUUAGAAUAAGCAUAAUUUAAAUACCCAAAUCUGUGCCAUUUUAGGUUUUCUGAACCAAUUACCAUUAACAAAGCAGUAGUAAGAGCAAUAAAGAAGUAACAAACCUACAAGAAUCAGGCCUGCAUUAAUACAUUCUGCUAUACACACUUCCAAGUUUCAAGCCCUGUCAAGAAUAAUUGCUUUUGAAUGCCCAUUUCUCUGUUCUUUAUCCUGUAUCAGAAUGCAGCAAACAUUCUGUCAAGCUUACAAGUUAAUUUCUUGCCAAGUGAAUGCAUUUUGCAAAUUCAAACAUGUUAACAGGACUUCUUUUAACUAAAGUUACAUGUAUUUUGAGGUUUUGUGCCAAGUUUUCUAUAUUCAACAACUUGAGCCUUUUCCAGCAAUUUCCAUUGAUGAUGCCUCUCUCUAUGAGGAGUCAGAAGUCAUCAACACUAAACCAGAAUAAAAUUAUCAUUGAAAAAGGGCAGAAAACAGUGUUCUCACUGGACUGGAGCUGGCUGACACAGUCAAGCAGAUCUUGUCUUUGCUCCUUCAACAACUGAACACUCAACAAAUUCAACCCACAAGUGGGAAUCCUGUCCUGAAUUUCAAUUUUGUUAAGGUUCAAUUUGCAGUUAAGGCAGGAAAGCAAGGAUUUAUACUGGAAAUCCAACAAGAGCCAUCAAAGAAGGUCUCAUCAGCAAGCAGAGAAUGAGGGCUGAGAGGAAACAGCAAGUACGUGCUCCAAGCAGAGAAGGAAGAAUUUCCCCUCUUAACAGCAAAGAAGGGACAGUUCUGUUUCACCACCAAACUCCCCAUCAAUUUAAUACCCUGGCUUUAUUAAUAAAAGUAGGGAAUUAACUUUGAAUGGAUGCAGAUUAAGGCAAAUACCCAGAAUUAGCAUGAAACUCUUGUUGGCUAAUAUGCAAUGAAGAAUGCACAAUUCCUCUAAACACGAGUAAGAAAUACACCACAUAUUGUUUAUACCAAACACAGUUGGGGACGUGAGCCUUUCGCCUGGGAAAACCAUCUUCAAAGUAGCAACUGUUUUCCCAGCUGUGAAUACUCUUUCCUGGGAAAUCUAUUCGUACCAUUACAAAAAUAAUUUUCAAAGGAAUGUAAAAUUAUUCAGCCUAAUCUAUGCAUAUCCAUAUUUCAGACACGAUUCUGUACCUUCUUAGACAUGUCUGUUUACAGAAGGCCUACUAUUCUCUAUAAACACUACAUGGGUGUCACAAUUAAAUUUACCCCCCUUUUUAAAUAAAUAAAUGUAUGGUUAACUUAAUAAAAUAAUCUGAAGCAACUCUAUCCAUAUUCUGAUGAAGAAGUGUUAGCAGGAAACAAAUGUUUCAGUCCCAUAACCAGCUGCCCUCAAAGUUUGUUGUUUUGUGGUUAGUUGUUUUUUUUUAAAUUUUCCUAAUUUGAGAAAUAUUGCAUAGAUAAGAAAGCAGAUAAACCAAGCAAGAUGUCACACAGUAAGCCAUAUUUGCCACAUGGUUUCAGAACUUUGUCAUUAUUUCCUGUAACCAUCAGAAGGCAACCAUACAGAGAGGCACUGAGAGUCAGGGGGCCAGCAAACUCGUCUCUUGGUGCAAGUAAAAAAACCCCAAACAAAUAACCCAAAAAUAAACAUUCAACUGAAAGGUAGCCCAAAGCAAAGAGAAAUAGGCCCAACAUUUUAAUUAUACACUGACAAAACCCAGCACACGAACAUCCAUCCUGACAUUUAACUUGGCCAUUUUGAGCAACAGCUCCCACUCCCCCUUUAUCUCUGGGAAACUGCUUUCUGCUGAUGUGUCUUUCCAUCAAGGCACAGGGGGAGAUGGAGGGAUGGGGGAAGAUGAAAGAUUAUGUCAUCUUCUCUUCAUAACAUGGACAAAACUCUAUUUGCAUAUUAAAUAUACUUUAAAAUUGGUCCAAAAAAUCCAGUAUGAGAUGAGAUUCUUAUUUUAGGAUGUUAUGCUAAAUAAAAUUAACUUCUUGGAAUUUAUUUCCGUAUUUUGUAUAUAUAUAAGAUUUUUACAUAUUCCUUGAACAAAAAUCAAUAACCUCAGGUAUAGCUAAUGCUUACAACAGAAGAUUAAGCAACCACAGCAAAACCAAACAAGUACAGAAAGAAUGGACAGUGGAAUUGCAAUGAAAAUAGUUUCAAAAUAUACUUUUAAUGUAUAUAAAACACAGGUAAUAUUGCUAGCCUGGUAAUCAGAAGAAAUCCUGCAACAUCACACUAAGUUGUUAACUUCAUGGCAUUUUUUUAGGAUGGGAAAAUAUAAACCAAGUUAUUUUGAUGGUUACAAGAUAAGCUUCCCAUUAAUUAGAAAAAUAAAUUAAGGGAACAAUAAAGGAUUACUGAGUUUGUUUGCAAAUCAUCCUCAACUCAUUAUUUCAAGAACAGGCUUUGGGAUGAAUUAGUGGGUUGUCAAACAAAUAAAUACACUGUCUGAUGAUAGCUUUACAGUAUCUGCUGGAUCGGUUUGCACCAAUGUCUGGUUUGCAUUCAUUAAACAUUCAAAUUAUUACCCCAGUUACCUGAUUACAAGCAGCCUUAGAGAUCAUAUCAAAGCAGCAUUCCCAGUUAUUCCACCGAGCCCAUGCCCAAAAUGUUUAUCUCCACAGCUUAAACAUAAUUUCACAGGGUUUUCCACUGCUACAACCAAACAGUGAUUUUAAAGAAUCUUUUUUUUUGUGGUUUGCUUUGCAGCUUAAGAAUUCUAUAUUGCUCUUUAUGAUAACCUCCAAAAAGCUGAACAGAAAAACCCUUUCUUUACAAGUUUUGCCUUUUUCCAUUUAGUAAACAGAUCUUACUGUUUGGGCACCUGCACACUUUGAUGAAAGAAACAUUAUGAGCUACUUGUUUAUUUGCCAUUGUUUGUAGUAUCUGUAUGGAAUCUCAGAAAUUAAAUUCCUUUCCCACUGAUCCCUGCCUUUAUCUGAGGAAAAUGUUGAUUCCUCCUCCUCCAACCACUUGCAAUGCUGGAGAUAAGAAGUACAAGGAAACACCCACUGGCUGUCUGAGCAUUACCUAAAGUACCCCUCAGCCAUGAACAAGGGGAUUUGAUUUGUAAAGAUUGAUCUUCCCUCAGCCAUUGUAAUUUUCCUUGAAGUAACAACAUUCACCAGACUAAAUUGGGAAGGAACAGGAAAUUAAUAUUGUUUUCUAUGCAUUAUGAAUUUUGAGUCUUGCCUAAUAGAUGUUCUGUUCUGCAAGAAUUUCCUACUGCUCUGCAGAAAGCCAGCAGCUCUGCAAACAGCACUGCAGCACCGAGAGCUGCCCGCGAAUGACAGGAUCCUCUGACACACUAAGGUGGCUCUGGGCAGAACUCAAGCAGCCCCGGGAAACAAAGCAGCCACAUGCUGUUCAUGUUGUACCUCCAGAGCUGCAGCUGGCAGGACUGCUGCUCCAGAAAGCUUUGGGCCAUUGAGGCAGCUGAAAGCCUGAAGGCUGCAGAAAUCCACAGUCAGAAGCAAACAGGGCUAAUUGCAGAGAAACACUUCUAAGGGUUCUGUUAUUUCAGGAUGACACACUAAGAAUGUUGCAAUUUUUUUUUUCCAGAGAACUGAAACAAAACUAACUUUUCUGAAAAGAUCCAUCAGGCAGCUGUUACCUUAGAAGCCAACAGUCAGCUUCAAACCGCCAGCCUAGAUGGCACAUUUAAAUCUCUUUUCUUCAUACCUGUGUUACAGUUUGAAAGGAAAAACUUAAACACUCUGAUAGAUGUCUACCUAGAUCCCAUCUGGGGAAUUAGCAUUGUUCAUUAACAGCAGAUUUCCAUUUCAUCAACAUAUGUUGAUGAAACAUAGCAAACAUGUUAGCAAACUAUAAAUGCCAUUAUAAAAAAUGUAAAAUUAAUAUCUAGUGAUUUUUAAAAAAUCUGUUUAAUAUGAGUGAUUCUUUCAAGUUGGCAAAUAGAACAGUAACAUUAGGAGAAUCAGUCAGAAAAACCUGAAAGGUUGAAUUAAGUUUUUUAACUUACUUAAACUUUAAAGCUCAGCUCCACUAGGGAUGUCUUAUUUACAGCUGUGUGGUUCUAAGAUCACUCAUGAAAACAUUCAUAUUCAUAUUGAAUUGCUUAUUGCUAUUUAGUGUAAACAGAAGAAAUUGAGUAGAUGAAAAUCAAUAAAACAUCAAGAUUACUCUGAAAGGUCAAGCUGUUCCAAGGAAAAAUGCCUUAGUCUAAGGCUGGUAAGAAUUUUUGAAAUGAAUUUCUUGAAGGAAUGAUCAGUGUACACUAAAUCCAGUCACUGAAAACACACCUCAACUUGCCUGCAGCUCUAUAACAAAAUCAAUUAGACAUUUGUAUUUUCCACUUUUGAGAUUAAAUUUGCUGUACUAGAAUUGAAAAAAAAGAAAAAUAAAUCACAGGAACGUGACUUAAUGAACCAGUGAAACCUCUGUCCCACCAAAAACUCUGACUUCUUUCUACCACACAUGAAAGUCCUUAGGAAAAACUGGAGCCUACCCAUCCUUGCUUUCAGAAUGCCAGGAAGAAUUUCCUUUAAUUCAGUUACUGCAUUAAAAGGCAAUCACACCUCAUCAGAAUCCAGGCAUUCCUGUAGAUCUAGCAGAAUUCCAGCUUAUUUUAAAGUAACAGAAAUCAAAUUAAAGGAAGUAAAGGUGCAGAAUAAACCUUCUCAGCAGUUGCCUAACUUUUGUUCCAAAUUUUUUACUUAGAACCAUUCACAAUGACUGAGCACAGCCCCCGAGCUCCUCCUGAUCUUCCUGUUCCCACAGAGCAGGUUUACCUUGUCCUCUGUUACACUUUUCCAUGCUGACAAGGUUUGAUGUCCAAAAUCACUUUAAAGCAUAAAUGCCAGUGUGCCUUAACCAAGCACUUCACACAGAGCUGGGAAUACUUCCACUAACAGCCAAAAUGCCAAGCAAUUAACUUUUUUAACCACUUCUGAAGUAAAAUUGUUUAAGAUCUCCCUCACAUUUUUCAUUCUCAACAGUUAUUUCAAAAAUAAAAUAAAAAAAAAGAAGUGGUCUAUUAACUUAGACUUUCCUCUAUCAACAGUUACAGUUUAUAAAGCUGAUGCCAAGAAGUGGCUUGUCAUAGACCUUUUAUGGCAUUCCCUAAAACUCACUAUAUACAUGUUCAAGCCACCCACUGGCAUCAGCUUUUAUGAUUCCAAGAACUGUUGUGGUCAGUGGUGCUCCCUACCAGCGUUAAGGAUUCUUCCUUCUAUUACUCUUUGCUCUUUCUUUCACAGUCCUACAGCCUGCACAGCCCUCAAAACUCAGCUGGGUGCUCUAAGAUCUGAACACUGGACAUCAGAUGGUCCAAAAAGGCCCCACUAGCCAGGAGCUUGAAGCCCACCUCGACAGUUGGACAGUUUUACAUGAAAUUACAGAUUGUCACAAGCAAUAAAAAUUUCAUUUUGACAUUUCAAUUUCACGCUGUUUUGUCCUGGAAAAUUAUUUUCACUCAAUUAUAGCAUGGCAAAUCCACAGUCUGUAACAGAAAGGAAAAGAGAAGCAUUCCCUCUUAUGAAGCUAUAUACCUAUUUUUGCCUUGACAAAGAUGCAGUCUUUUCUAACUUAGGAAUAUUUCUGCUGAGAUCAAAACUGCAAAAAUGUACAGACCUCUGAAUAGCUUCUGCCAAGAGUUGGUUGGGUUUUUUUUAUAUUAAGCUUCCCAAAGUGUAAAUGCAAUACCUAGAGACACUAUGAAUGCAAAAGCUCUUCAAAUAUUUUAUUGCCAAUGAGCUGAAGGCUAAUAACAAAACAAGUACUAAUUUUUAGUUAUAUGAGCUCCAUUGAGCUACACAUGUCAUGUGAAAGGAAGUAAGAAGCAGCUUUCACAUAUAUUUUAUAUGUUAGGCCAGGAAACAUAGGAGAAUUAAAACUAUGGCCUCUUGAGGUGAUCCUCAAGAAUUCCUGAGGAAAAAAAACCUGCUUUCCCUCUCUACUUCUUGAAUUGCUUUACAGUUCUUUGAUCCUCAUUCCACAGUAAUCACUAAGAACAUCAGAACCUAAUUGUCCUUGAAUUAUGCAUAAUUUCCACCACAAAAAAAAACAACCAAACCAAA